AUGCCCAACUCACCGCACACCGAUUCCAGCUCGGUUCUUUCUUCGGCGCCGCCUUCUCCCGCAACAACCAUGAGCGUCACGCACAGGGACACAGACCCCACGGUCGACAACUCUCUCGACGACAUCUUCGGCUCGUCACCCCCCGAGGUCCCGGCCAUUCCUGUCCAGAGGGAUCCGAACUCGAUCUCAUCUACGACUGAGCCGUCCGAUCUGCCUUCUCUCCGUCGUCAGCACGUCACCGCGGGGUACCGCGACGGCGUCUCGAUCGCCAAGGGCGAGCACGUCCAGCGUGGAUUCGACACUGGGUUUCCCGUGGGUGCUCAGCUGGGUAUGCGCGCAGGCACGAUCCUGGGUAUUCUGGAAGGAAUCCUGAAAGGGUUGGACGAUCGGUCUGCCUCGGGGGUGGUUAAGAAACCGGCCGGUCGCAUGGGAUCUGCAUCGGCAUCGGCAUCGGCAUCGCGGUCAAACGAGACACGUGCCGCAGAGGCUGACGAGGAUCUGCGCAACCAGAAGAGAGAAGAGAUUCUGAAGAUUUACCGGGAAGCUGUCAAGGCAUUGAGUGUGCAGUCGGUUUUUGCCGGCUCGGGCACAGCGGUUGGAUCGGGGUCUCCUGCGCCUGCGGACUCGACGACGGGAAAUUCAGAGACUGCGGAAACGCAACUGGGUCGAAAGGGUGAUGCGGUGAUCUCGCAAUGGGAGGAGAAGAUGAUGGUCCAUCAGUGGGAGCUGAACAUGGAGGCCUUGGAGAUGAAGGGACCCUCCGAGGAGUGUAAGCCCAAUGCCCAGGGACCUGUUGGCGAACGAAGCUGA